AUGGCUUAUGCCAGUAUGGUCACCACGAUGGGCCACUCUAAGGCAGUCCAAGGCCGUGAUGUUAACGCCUUGUAUGUAUCCCCUCAUCAUGCUUCUAUGGAUAGGAGGACACCUCUUAUGGCAGCCCUCUUGGCUACACCUAGGCAUAAGGCUAAUGCGAUAAUGAAAGGGACAAUGAGGAUACCCCUGAUGGAGGUUGAUACCCUCUAUGGGUAUACCUUCCGUAAGUAUGGUGGCCCAGCAGGCCCAGUGGAGGAUGACGAGGAGGUUCGUCAAGGCCUGGCCAGGUGGCAAGCAGAUGCAUGUGACCUUGUUAUGAAUAUAGAGGAUUUGGAUGCUGAGAGGAAGGACCGUAAUGGGUGCACUACUAUGCAUCUAGCUGCUGCUGCAGGCAAUAGGAUGGUUGUGGAUAAGCUUAUUGAUGGAGCCAAUGAAUUGGGUGGCGAUAUACGUGUUAGAUCCCUUUUAGAGGCUAUUGAUGGGCAUGGACGGACCCCAGCGGACCUUGCUUCUACCUGGGGAUGGACUGAGAUGUUAUUCAUGAGGGUAUGCACCAACAUGAUGAUGACUAUGAUGCUAGGUGUGAAUAUCUACACAAUCGUAUGGGUCAUCAACAUACCAAGAGUACCCCUAUAG